ACACAGCAAGUAAGUUUCAUUUUCCUUUCCUGGUCCGUUUCUCAGCUGAACAGGGUUACGGCCCCGCCCCCUCUGCUGACAGGGAAAGGAUAUUUGAUAUCAAACAGUCAUUUGGUUAACAGACAGGAGAAGAAGCUCUUGAACGGAGGUAAACAAUGUCAAAGAUCAAAACCCUGAAUGAGAUUGGGCAGCUGGAGUCAUCUGGCUAUGGCGUGCCCUGCCCCAGACAUGGCUUACACCUACUCUACUGGUUCUGCAACGACUACGUCUCCUUCGACAACAACGGAGACCUAGUGGUAUCAGAACACCCCAAAGGGAAAAAGUAUGGCUUCCACUGGUUUGGUAACCAUGGCGAGGAUGACGGUCAACUCCUCCCACAACAGAACACUCCUUACUUUGAGGUGGGAAACCUGUUUGCCCCAGGAGCUGGAGACCUGCCUGAGUAUGUGAGGUUAAACUUAAGACGUGACAGUAACCUCAGCAACAUGGAUCGCAUCAUCAUAAGCCUCCGCUCACAGUUGAUAGUGGACAAGGUGUACGUAACCCAGCACAUAGACAGGUCCAAGUUCGAUCGUCAGAACACCUUCUGCAUCAGUAAAGGGUUAGUGUUGAUCCUCCGUAACCUGGAUCUGGAGGACGGGCUGCUGUGGCAAGUUGGCUACUCCUCCCAGACAACUGUGUCACACGUUCGCCCUGCCCAGCUGCCCCGCCCUGCCCAGCUGCCCCGCCCCGCCCCACUGCCCCGCCCCGCCCCGCUGCCCUGCCCCAGGGGGUCUGGCCGGGCGAGAUAUGAUGACUCAUGGAGCUCUGGAGACAGCAGAGGAGGGUGGAGGCCAGUGGACGAUGUUGUCAUCAGGAUGCCACAUGAGAGUGUACGGCCAGAGAAGUGUUGCAACUGUGUGAUUUUGUAGUCUGGACCAGAGUGAUGAAGGGGGCUUAAGAAGCCCUGGAGGCCCACCUCUUCCAGCUCCACCUGGAGGCCCACCUCUUCCAGCUCCACCUGGAGGCCCACCUCUUCCAGCUCCACCUGGAGGCCCAUUUCUUCCAGCUUCCAGCUCCACCUGGAGGCCCACCUCUUCCAGCUCCACCUGGAGGCCCACCUCUUCCAGCUCCACCUGGACU